CAAUCCACUCUACAUACUUGGCAUUGUCAGAUGGAUCUGGCGAAUGAAUUCGGGUGGACUCCUCUCUUAGCGGCAGUAUUCCAUGGUCAUGUUCGAGUCAUCGAAUUGUUGUUGAAGGCAGGUGCCAGCAUUAACUGUAAUGUGCUCCUUCUUCCUACUCCCUUUACCAUCGAAAUUAG